AUGGUCUACCUGUCGGAUGUUCCACCAUCAUCGAAGCCAGGCGCACUGGCAAGGAGCGCAUGGAAUACGCGUGGAUGGACCCUACCGGAAUUUCUCGCCCCGAAAGUCAUCCGUUUCUAUCAAUCUGACUGGACCCCUUAUCUCAACAACCGCUCUUCCAACCAUAAGCAGUCUGUUGCGAUCAUGCAGGAGUUGGAAGAUGCUACCGGGAUAGAUGCACAAACCCUUGUCGCCUUCCGUCCAGGAAUGAUAAACGCCCUGCGAGAAAUUGCAAUGGGCGUCGACGCGUGUCACCACGGUGGAGGAAGACAUCGCCUCCCUAUCAUGUAUGGCGAGAAGAAGCAAAAGGCACUCGGGCGGCUCUUACAGGAGAUCAUCGCAGAGUCUGGGGACAUUACUGUCCUGGACUGGGUCGGAACAUCAUCUCAAUUCAACAGCUGUCUGCCUGCCGACAUCGCUUCAUACGAAGCCCCACCAUACACGCUGCCAUCUAUAUCUGAAGACGAGAUGCAGAGAUCGGUCUCGUCGCUACAAGACACUGCGGUUGUCGAGUUAGCUUUGGGAUUAUACAGCUCGCUUGACCGGCUGAGCGCUCCACAUUUUGCUCACCGUCGGCUGCAUCUGCCGUGCAUCGCAUUCCCUGUCACAGAGGUCAGGCGGAGAUCCAUUGAACCCAAGGAGACCUACUUCACGUAUAGAGUCAAAGCAAACGGGCUUCAUGACCUGAAGAUCACCACGGAGGACAGGAUCCAUCAUCAUGCAGUGAUACUCAGAACUCUCAGGCCUUAA